AUGUCUAAUAAGGAAGUUGAGGAGGAAAGAAGGUUAUAUCAGUGUGCAAGGAAAUAUGAAAAAAUUGUAAAACAGUUUGAUGAGCUGAUUGAGAUGAUGAACACCCGGAGCAGACUGCCGAAGCGACGAAAGAAUUCUACAACUGCUGCCCCUGCCCCUGCCCCAGCAAGUCAACACGAGGACAAUGAAGUGUUUGCACAGACAAUAACAAGAUUUCUCCAGGACUUGAGAACCAACCCUGCAGAACCUGACUGCUCCACAGCCCCCGGAGAUGGAAAUUAG